GGAACCCGCCGUGAAAUGACCGGAGUGCCCCUGGGCCCCCCCCCUCCUCCCCUCCGCGACACGUCCCCUGCUGCUGCUGCUGCUGCUGCUACUAGUACUGCUGCUCCUCCGCUCUCUUUUGACUCCUCGCGGCACCGAUUCUCGACAGAAAAGAUGGAGCCUCCCUCCUCCUCCUCCUCCUCUCCCGGCCCCGGCGCCGCUCGCCGGAGCUCCGACGCCGCCAGCGAUCGGGACCGAGCCGGUCGCUUCCCCAAUUCUGGCUCCCAAGCCCCCGGCGGCCGCGGCGCCAGGUACAAGCUGAUGUCGCCGGCGAGGCUCCCGAUCUCCAGGUCGGCUCGCGUUGCGGUCCCUCCUCCCGUGCUGAGCCCGACGUGUUUUCUCGAGUCUCCGGUUCUCCUUUCUAAUGUGAAGGUAGAGCCUUCGCCAACAACUGGUUCCUUUGCAGAGAGGCGAAUGCUGCACAGUUCCAUCAGCUCAACAACCAGUUUGACAAACAAUCAUCCCUCCUAUCCUGAUAGAUUUGAUAAAAACGAAUCGGGCUUCUUUGAGUUCCAACCCUCACCAAGACCAAAUCUGGGUACUGGAGAAGUGAAUCACAAAAACAAAGAAUCCAUGCAAGUCCAUAGCCACUCUCAGACUCAAUCAUUGGCAUUGGUGCCUUUUGUCAGAAGUGAAUUGGCAGUCUCAUCCAGUGAGUUGAGUCUUUCCGCACGUGCUAAAUUGGUUCCUUCUGGGGCUAAUCUGCCUGAUGAAGUUGAUUCAGAGGAAUCAAACCAGCAAGAUCACCUAGGUACUGGCAUCCAGGCAACACAAUCUGAUCAUAAAGGAAUUGGUCUUUCUGUCAUGGCUGAGAGAUUGUCUGAUGAUGGAUACAACUGGCGGAAAUAUGGACAAAAACAUGUCAAAGGAAGUGUGUUCCCACGUAGUUAUUACAAAUGUACACAUCCUAACUGUGAAGUGAAAAAGCUUUUUGAACGCUCCCCUGAUGGGCAUAUAACUGAGAUUAUUUACAAAGGAACACAUGAUCAUCCCAAACCACAACCAAACCGGCGUGUUACUGGGGGGAUUAUGAUGCAUAUCCAAGGAGAAAGAUCUGCUAAUGUUUCACCUUUAAUUGGUGAGACUUCAUCAAACGUCUAUUGCCAAACUUCCAACAUCAUUGAGCCAAAGAGUACUACACAACUAUCUCUGGCAGCUGGGAAUGAGGAUAGUGUUGAAGGUGCCGCUUCCUUAUCAUAUAGGAUUCAUGAUGAGGUUGAUGAAGAUGAUCCUUUCUCAAAGAGAAGGAGGAUGGACAUUGGAGGGUUAGAUGUCACUCCUGUGAUUAAACCUAUACGAGAAGCACGUGUUGUUGUCCAAACUCUUAGUGAGGUGGAUAUACUGGAUGAUGGAUAUCGAUGGCGCAAAUAUGGUCAGAAGGUGGUGAGAGGCAACCCGAAUCCACGGAGUUACUAUAAGUGCACCAAUGCUGGGUGUCCUGUUAGAAAACACGUGGAGAGAGCAUCCAAUGAUUCCAAAGCUGUCAUUACAACCUAUGAAGGAAAGCACAACCAUGAUGUGCCUACCGCAAGAACAAGCAGUCAUGACAUGGCAGCACCCACUGCUCCAGCCGGACCUUCAAGAAUUGGACCAGAAGGAAGGGACACAAUCAGCCUUGAUCUUGGAGUCGGAAUUAGCUCUGCUGCUGAAGCCAGGUCCCCCGAACCGCAGGGUUCACGACAUACUAUCCAUCGGCAGCUGGUUCAAAACCAAAUCCACUUGAACAAUUCUAAUAUAAAGGUUCUACGAGCAACCCCAAUUUCAUCAUAUUAUUAUGCUGAAAAUUGUGACGCCACCAAUUACUGUAGUUCAACGGAAGAUUUGAGAGGAGGCCGAGGUGUGGGUAUUCCACCUCGAAACCUUUCUUAUUCAUAUCCACAGACCGCGGGAAGAUUACUAACUGGGCCAUAUACUUGUUUACCUCACAACCAGUCUAAAUAAGAUUCUGAGGCUUUUGUUAUAUUACCACAUAAGUAAAGAGCUGUUCGUUUUAUUAA